UCUAGGCAGACUCAAACCUCUAGAUUGCAUUUCAAUAUACAAUUUAAAUCCACAGAUAAAUGUAGACCAGGAAGAAUGAACACCUGUCAGGUAAAUAAUGCAGGUAUAACAUGAUCAAAGUACACAUAACUGUCGGGGAGGACAGCCGCCAUUACGAUCCACAAGCAGAUCUGAUGAUGGACUCCCGUACCAGUGCCCAGGACGUGAUGCGAUGUGACCUGUGUGAGACCGCCCUGGUACAGAUGCACUGUGAUACAUGCCUGGUCAAUCUGUGUAAGGCCUGCGUGGGGGAACAUUUCUCUGCCGACCUCUCAAAGCCUCACAGAAUUGUUGAUGUCAAGGACAGGAAUUCCACCCUCCUCUACCCUGGGUGUACCUCUCAUGAAAAAGAACGAUGUGAGAUGUACUGUAAUCAGUGUCACAUUUCAGUCUGCAGUACCUGUCUGGCAUCAAGUCAACAUUUAGGUCACGAAUUAUCAAAAAUAUUGCAAGUAUUGGGGGAAAAGAAAGAAAAGAUCAAUAAAGAGAAAAAUGAGUUAAAUGAAACAAUUUAUCCAACCUACCAGGACAUUUUAUCUGAUAUACAAAACAGAAUGAGUUGGUUAGAAAAGAAAUAUGGAGAUCUCUCAACAGCCAUAACAAAACAUGGAGAGGACUGGCACAGAGAAAUUGACAAACUCGUCCAGAAACUGAAAUCUGAAGUAGAGGAGAUGAAAACCACACAGUUACACACUCUACAGAAACAUCUGGACGAAGUUAACAAGAAAAUCUCUGAAAUCAAUGAUGAAAUCAAUUCGAUGGAUGUUGCUUUGGACUCUAAUGACAUUUCAAAAGUAUUCAGUCUUAUGCCUAAUGUAGAGGAAUACAAAAAUCUUCCACACAAAAUUCUGCCAUCUUUACCUAAAUUCAACCCAGGAAGAAUUCAAGAAGAACUCAGUAAACUGUUUGGAACUUUAUCAUCAAUUUCUGUCCGAUCAGAAGAACAUGGUUACAGUAUAAAGACAACACAGAAAUCCCCAGAAGCUGCAUCCGCUCCUGUCAUCAAACAGCUGCUUGAUGAACCACAGACUGUCACCACCAUACACACCGAGUAUGAUAGAUACCUUUACGAUGUGGCCUGUCUAAGUGAUGAAGAAAUCUGGACAGAUGGAACUGGUAACAUGAAACUCUACAGCAUUAAACAGGGAUCACUACUCAAGUCAAUCACAACCAGGUCAGGAAACACUCCAUGGGACAUAGCAGUGACAAACAGUGGGGCUCUGGUUUAUACUGAUGACAGUGAUAGAACUGUGAACAUUGUGAAGAAUGAAGAGAUACAGACCAUGAUCACAUUACAGGGGUGGAGACCUCGCAAUGUCUGCAGUACCUCCUCUGAUGAUCUCCUGGUUACCAUGAACAGUGAUGAUGGAAAACAAUACAAAGUUGUGCAUUACUCUUCCUCCACAGUGACACAAACCAUUCAGUUUGAUGAUCAGGGUCAUCCUCUCUAUUCAUCUGGUGAUUAUAGCACUAAAUUCAUUAGUGAGAACAGGAACCUGGAUAUCUGUGUGGCUGACACGACAGCUAAAGCAGUAGUGGUGGUCAAUCAGGCCGGGAAACUGAGAUUCAGGUACACUGGACAUACUCCUGCUCCACAGAACAAACCAUUCUAUCCACGAGGAAUCACCACAGACAGUCAGAGUCACAUCCUUACAGCUGAUGAUAACAAUGACUGUGUCCACAUCAUAGACCAGGACGGACAGUUCCUCCGUUACAUAGACUGUGGACUGAGUGAUCCCUGGGGACUGUGUAUAGAUACAAACGACAAUCUGUUUGUUGCUCAACGUAGAAACAAACAAGUGAAGAAAAUUAAAUAUCAGCGGUGAAAUUAAACAUCAGUGGUGGAUUUAGACAGCAGUGAAAUUAAACAUCAGUGGUGGAUUUAGACAGCAGUGAAAUUAAACAUCAGUGGUGGAUUUAGACAGCAGUGAAAUUAAAUAUCAGUGGUGGAUUUAGACAGCAGUGAAAUUAAACAUCAGUGGUGGAUUUAGACAGCAGCAUUCCUGUUAAAACUGAAUAUUUACAUGUACAAAUGAUUUGUUCCAAUGGUUUUCAUUUUUCAAUAAAACCCUACAUGUAUUGAUAAAAACAAAUGAAAUCAAGUAAAAAGCAUACAUAAAGAGUAUAUUUCUGGGUAAUGUUUGUUGAAAGGGGAGACAGUAUAAAACAAUUAAUGAUGGAC